AUGUCUUUAUUAGAAUUGUUGAAAGUCUGCUUUGUUAAGGGUGAAAUUCCACAGGUGACUCGAAAUGGUUCUGCGAUUACUGAUCCUCAAGCUAAUCGAAUAAGGGAUUCGCGAUUAACAGCACAAUUUAUAGAAAAAUUUGAACAAAAAUAUGGUCGUACGCAUCCAGACUUUUUUCAAGGGGCUUAUUCUCAGGCCUUAGAAAGUGCAAAAAAUGAUCUUCGUUUUGCUAUGAUAAUACUGCAAGCUGACGAACAUGAUAAUACAAAAAAAUUUAAUCGUGAUACAUUAACUUCAGAAUUAUUGAUAUCGUUUCUUCGAGAAAAUGAUGUUUUAGUAUGGGCCGGAAAUAUAAAAGAUCCAGAAGCAUUUCAAGUAAAUAGUAUAUUGCAAGCGACAACAUACCCAUUUGUGGCUGUGAUUGUUCUUGCAACGCCUCAUGGGAACAAUGGGACUAGUCCAAAAAUGACAGUUGUGGAUCGUAUUGAAGGAUCAUUAAGUCCUGAAGUACUUAUAGCACGACUUACAAUUCUGAUAAGUCGUUACGGUCCUGGUCUACAACGGUUUCGUAAUGAGCGUGCUGAACGAGAUUCAGCACGCCAGAUUCGUGAACAACAAGAUAACGCAUAUCUUGCAUCGUUGCAGGCUGAUCAAGCAAAAGAACGUAAAGCACGAGAGUUAGAAGAAGCAAAAAAAUUGGCAAGUGAACGUGCAAGAAGGGAAGCAGAAGAACGCAAAUUGAUGUUAGCAAAUAAAGAAAAAUGGAGAAGAUGGGCUUUAACACAAUUACCGAAUGAACCCAAUCAAAAUGAAACAGAAGUUACAAGUUUAAGUUUCCGACUAUUAAAUGGUGAGAGAGUAGUAAGAAGGUUUAGGGCUGAUGAUACUAUGGUCUACAUUUUCGUUGAUACAUAUCAUAUGCGAAAUGAAACAUCUUCAUCGGCUGAUAUUCAACCACCAAAAGAUUAUGAACAUAAUUUUGAUUUCUUGCUCGUUUCAUUUCCACGAACUGUACAUCAGGCAGAUAAAUUCAAGACUAUUAAAAGUGAAAGUGGACUUUGGCCGUCUGCUAAUCUCAUUGUUGAAAGUUUAACAACUGAAGAUGAUGAGUGA